AUGGGGCGACAGGAUUCUCUGACUGCGAUGGCUUUGGGCCGAGGACACUACGAAGAAGAAGUCGUAGACACCGGGCCUCUCGAUCCCCACAAUUCUCAGCAGUACGACAGGAAAGGCUACCCUCGUAACCCUCAGACUCGCCGCCACGAAAGAGACCAAGUGCGGGCUGCAAACGAGGUCAUGCAAGUCACCGGCGUGGUCGAGGACGCGCUGGCCGCUCAGCUCAAGGCCCAUGAAUCCAUGCGGGAGAAGAACGAGGAGACUCUCACGGGUCUGAGAUUGAUGGAAGUCGGGAGGGCCGUCCUUGUUGCUGGCGUCUGGGGGGUUAUGGGGUUGAGGAGACGAAUCCUGUUGUAUCGGCCGUAUGCCGAGACGGGGCUUUUGGAUCUCGUCAGGCAGGAGAGAGCGGUUCGUGGGAUUCCAAGGAUGCUACUGACCGGUCUCCCUGCUGUCGGGGCCUACCAUGCCCUCGAUAUGAUGUCGUUUUUCUGCGAGACAGUGCUGGAUGCCUUGUAUGACGAAGAGGAAGGAGCAUUGACAGAUCAGGAGAAAUCGAUCAAAUGGGGUCUCAAUGUUGCCCGCGAUGUCGGAUUCUCCUACUUUACCCUCCACUGCCGGCUCUUCGCGGUGCUCCAGCAACUCCAUCUUAUUCCCGCGACACGCUGGAUCCCGACCCCCCUAUCCUUUAUUCCGUUUUCAUCCGCUUCUCCUCUCUCCAUGCCACCCCUCCCCUCGCUCUCUGCUGGCUCAGUCGCCAAAUUCGGAGUCGCUCUCUUUCAGACCGCAGCACCACUACUCUUUCUCCUGGCCCAAGGUCAGUUCAAACACGUCCUCUCGCGCAUCAUCUACCGGCCCAUCUACAAAACGCUCCCCCGGCCUACCGGGGACAGCAUGUUCUCCGGUCUCCCCAUCUCGGCUCCUACGAUGGAAUACGAUAGUCCAGACUGUUCCGAACCCGAGCAGCGCCCCAACCACCGCUCGGACGAGCCAACGCUGCGUGCUCUCGAGGGGCUGCCUGCCCUCGCCGCUCCCGUUGAGGAGGAAGAGAGUGGAGAAGACGAGGAGCUCGCGCAAGCGACACUCAUCAGCUUCGACGUCGAAGCCACCGAACGCGCCGAAAGCUCCCUCGGCACCUGGUCGGCCGAGCUCCGCAGCGCCAACGAGCCCUCGACCCCUCCCCGGCUCGCUUACCGCGUCACCGGGCUGACGAUGCUUCCGCCGAUCAUGGCGACCGAAGGCCUGCGCGAGAUGGUGGCCAGCAUCCUUACCCUGCCCGUGGAAGCGUACGUGAUGCGACAGAUUGGCCGGACGUUUGGCGCGAGCGCGGGUGCUGGGACGAGCGACAUGUACCCCGUUGGCCCACGGGUUCACGGGGCGGGAAAUCUGCUGGCGGUGUUUACCGCGCAGCUUGUUGCUACGGGGGUGGUCUGGGCCGGCUUCACGCUGGCGACCCAGUGGUGGGCGGCACGGAGGCGGCGGAGGAAACCGGCCUCGGAGGAUCAGGAGGGGUCUCCUGGAUGA